GUCGGUGCCCACAGGUUGAGUCAAUCUGGGCACCAGAGGCGGGGCUUGUCGGAAUACGGGUGGGAAGUGAAACACCUAUCCUGCUCACCUGCUCCUGAGGCGCCGGAGAAAAGGAGAGCAGACAAGCCUUCAUACCGAGAACCCUGAAACCGCCUGGGAAAUCAUGGGAAACACUUAGCAUUAGCAACCAGGAUGAAACUGAAUUCGGUUUUCAGUUGCCUGGUUAACUUUUAUUUGUAGAGGGAUUGUCUUGUUUUGUUGUGACUGUCCCCUCGAAAGAAAGACCAAAGUCGGUCAGCAACUUUCUUGCGCAACUUUCAUCAAACAGAAAAUGCCUCUUGUUUCCGGGUAAGAGACCGUAGUAAGGAAAAUCACAGUGGAAAGUAUGGACGACGUGGAAUUAAAACAUCGCGGUGGACCCCCCGACAACAAUAACGUUGGAAAUGGAGAAAUUAACAAUGAGGUGAGCCCAGGAAAUGGAACCUUUUCAAACAACCAUGCAUCAGAUGUCAUUGAAGGCAGGCCUCUACUCACAUCUGGACAGGGUGCUGAGAGCAACGGAGAUCACUGUGCUGUGAGAUGCCCUGAGGUGCCAGAGGAAAAGUCUAGGGUGCUGGGAAGACUAAAAGAGGAGCUGAGCGAAACAGUGGUAUGGAAGAUUAGAGUGUGGAUGGCCAUUCUUAUUGCCUUAUUCUUCAUUGUUUCAAUCAUCCUGCUUUUUCUCUUUCUCUGCUCAGGUCAUCAAGAGGACGUUGAUGACCAAUAUGAUGCUUCAUCAUUUAAGGUGCCACUCUUCUUCAGGGGCAGUUUUACACUUGCCAGCCAGAGCUUUGUGCAAGACUCAAUGCCUCAACCCAGUUCAGAUGAUGAUCUAUUAAAAAAUCUCCAACAAAAGCUCACGGGCAUCUACAAAUCCUCCCAUGCUCUGGAGCGCUACUUCUCUUUUGCCACAGUACAUCCACCGAGAAAUUCUUCUGUCCAGUAUGAACUGAGGUUUAACAUGCCUUUAGAGCAUGAACAGUUAACACGCUAUACUCUGAACAGAGAAAUGGUGUACCAUGUGCUCUUUCAACACCUACUUGACGAAGACACUGAGGACCCUCUUUACAUUGAGCCCUUUUCACUCAACAUGAGGGCGGGAAAUGGAACUGAUCUCUGAAACAGUGCCGAUAUGCAGUUUUCUACUCACUUCUCUCUAUGACGAUCAUUUGAGAACACUCAUUUCAGUGGAAGUCUCUGCACGUGUCUCUCCUUGCACUACCCACUUUUUGUUGUAAGCCUGUGAAUCACUUCUUAGUGGACACCAGCAGUCAGACAAAGAUUGCAAUUUCUUUCUGUUCCUGGUGUUAACACACUCUAGGCUUCUCUGCAGUCUUGAUAAGUGUAUAAGCAAGCCAAGCUUGUUUAUAUACUACUUAGGGUGUAGCUGCUUCUUGUGUCAAAUACCAAAUGCAGCUGCUUUUAUCACUGUUAGUCUUGGGGUUGAGAACUUUCCGAAUAUCAAGAAAAAACAUACAGGGGCUCUUUCAAGUAAAGAAUUGCAGUUCAGUAGUUGUGCUUGUCUGGCACUUUAAAAUAGUAAAAUAGUAAGAUGUAUAUUAUUUUAGAUUAAAUAACUUUUAUUCCAACACAUAGGCCUAUAUUUUUUAUAACGCAUUUGUAAUACUCACUAGAUGGUGCUGUUGCCUAACUUGGCAUAAUAUCCCAAUGAAGGCCAAAUCAUUUGAUCUGUGCUUAUACAUGUCUUAUCUGUCUUAAUCUGUUUUUCUGUGUUUGCAAUCUAAAAUGUUAAGUUUACUGUGCCAUUUGACAUUCAACCCUUGUAAUCCAAUGUUAUUAACACACUCUGUCAUGUUUGAUAUAAAAAUAUGAGUAUCUUUAACCCUAAUUCAGUAAAGUUAAGCAUUUUACCAGCAUAGAGCUUUUCACUCUGAUUUCUCCCAAUUUAACAGUUGUUAAUCAUGACACUGAAAGCAAGCACCAACUGUUAUCUUGAAAUUUCUCUUCCUAUAAAUGAGUCUGCUCACGUUACAGUAGUAUUUGUAAUUAUAGUGAUUUGAUUGGGCUGAGUGGCUUUGACUGCUUCGUGAGAUACCUCUCUGCCUUACUUUAAAGUCUAUAAAAGUUUAUUUUUGGUCAGUGCUAAGGCAGUGCUGAAUUAGAGUCAGUAUAGUCCGAGAACUUGUAGAGAGGAGAAUUACCAUUCUGUAAUGUUUUCUGGGUUUCUCAAACGUUAGAGGGCUCUCCUGAGCAAGUCAAAAAUGAGUGGGUUAAGAUGGAGCAUUUAAGCAAAAACAGUUCAUAAAUAUUUAACCAUUUUUAAUAUAAAAUAAUACAUUCAUUGUCUAAACACAUAACAACUUAAAACAUUUUAACAUCAUUGUUAUAUUUUUAAGCACUUAUGAACAGCCAAGGAGCUGCUCCGCGAUAGGGAUAGGAAGAGGCAAGGCUCCUCAUAAACCGGCUCUGGUAUAGUUUGUUUCUCAGAUGACAAGACCUGUCUAAGCUCUCUCAAGCAACAUUUCCACUGGCUAUUUAAGGUAUCAAUAAAUAAAAUCUCAACAGAAACAUUUCUGUUGGCUAGUUGGGUUGUCAUUCACCGGUUGUGCCUCAUGGAAAUCAGCAGAAAUUACAAUGAACUUUAAACAGUACCAAAUUUACAGUACUUUUGAAAGGUGUAACUUACAGUGCCUGCAGCAAAAUCUAAUGAAGACUGUUCCUGGCUUUUGGACCAUGAAUUGGACCUGACCAGAGUUUGGAAAAACACUUAAAGUGUUGAUGGCUAAAUACUGAAUGCACUGUCCUAAAUGUAUUCGGUAACAUUCUGUUCCAACAUAUAAAAAGGUAAUGUAUUUAGAAUACAUUCUGCAUACAUCUUGACAAAGUACAUAGGAAAAUUCCACAGGUGUACUUUUUACUUAAUUCUCAUUGUUCCUCGCUAUUACUGCUUGGCACUUUUCUUUAUUUAAUUUUUCAAUUAAUGUUUAAUGGAAAAUUUCCUGCGUUCAAAUAAAGUUCACCACUACUAUGAACAAUUCUGACAGUAAUUCUUGGUAGGUUUCUCCAUAGAGAAGCAUUUCACAUCAAACCACUCUAGGAUGUAAAUAAGACCACUCAAUGACUCAAUUAUGCAGACAUUUUGCAAAAUUGAUGGAAUUUUCCCUUUAAGCACCAUUUUUCGGGAUAUUAAAUACCCCUAGAUUUGAACUAAAUGGUUAUUUCAAGGUUUAUUCUAUAUUGAAAAGGCUUUUACUCUAGUCUUAAAGUUAAUCUGUAAAACCAGCCCAAAAUGAAAUUCCAUCUAUAGCAGUAGUAUACAUAAUGAUUCUUCUUUCUUUUUGGUCAGUUCCAUUUUGACCCAGUGCUGAUUUGCAGUUUUAAUUCUCAGGGACACACAGUGUCCAAAAGCCUGAGACCACUAGCGAAAAUGCUUUUAUAAUGCAUUCCUUCCUAAUUUAAUAGAAUGAUUUUCAUUGCAAAUUAUAUUAUGAGCAUAGCACUUUGAAUGAAAAGGAGAAUCUCUAAAAUUUUAACAUGAUUCUCAGGAUUUUUUAAUACUUCAUGUCUUUCUUUUGCUUUAAUGAUGAUGUACUUGUGCUGGCAUGAACACAAGUUUAUAGCUUUAUACAUACAUAUAGUAUACUAAUAAUAUAACAGUGUGAUAACAAUUACAUUUUGACAAUACAUAUACAGAUUGUGAAAUAAAUAUUGUCCCCCUUUUGCUAAACCCA